GCGAGCCUAUUCUCGCGAAUAAAUCAAGUCAGUAACCAGUAAGUUGCCUACGACUGCAGCCAUGCUGAUUAUACUCUGUCUGGCGUUGAUAGUUUCCGCCUCGUGCUUAGACCCUAGAAUAAUCGGUGGCACACCGACAACCAUCGAUGAGCAUCCGUAUCAGGUCUCUCUUCAUUAUGAUGGUGAAUACGUAUGUGGAGGCUCCAUAAUCAACAAACAAUGGAUUUUGACGGCGGCACAUUGCGUCUACGGCGGAUCACCGAAGCUCUUCAGAGUGCGCGUUGGAAGCACUUAUUACCAUCAAGGAGGCACUCUAAUCGCAGAUAUUUCCGCGAUUAUUCUUCAUAAGCAGUAUCGGUUCGACACUUUUGAUUACGACGUGGCUUUAAUUAAAUUGCUUAGACCUUUAACGACGGGUCCAAAUGUAAGAAUUAUCAUUCUUGAAAAUGCGGAUGCUAAAGUUGAUUCAAAAGCAACCGUUGCAGGAUGGGGAAAGAUGUCGGAAAACGGCCCGACUUCGAAACAACUACGACGUGUCGUACUACCGAUCAUGGACCAACAGAAAUGUCGAAAUAUCUACCAAUUUUAUCGGAUAGUGACCCCCAACAUGCUCUGCGCCGGUGAUACCACCAAUAACAAAGACACCUGUCAGGGAGAUUCCGGCGGUGCGCUCGUGUUCAACGGUGCCCAAAUUGGGAUCGUGUCCUGGGGCGCUCAGUGUGAGAGUGUUGGAUUUCCAGGAGUGUAUACGCGAGUAUCCGCCAUACGGCGGUGGAUAACCGAGCAGACGAACGUGUAGCAGAAUUAAUUUUUCUCCUCUCGUCUGAACGUUUCCCGAGAUAGGGGAGAGAGAGGCGGCGUAUACCGUUGAAAAAAUAUUUGCUUCUGUUUAACCGCAUCAUAUUUAGACGGCAUUACGGAAAAACGUAUUGUUUACUAAUUGUACAAUGAAGGCAGACCGCUUAAGUGCGGAAGGCGGAUUUUUGCAAUAAUAAUAACGUAAUUCUGAAACGAAAAUUGAAACUGGAAUGUCAAUAAA